AUGUGCUCGAAGUCAUCUGUACCGCUGAGCGUGUCGACCCUCUCCGGUGGCAAACGGAGAGGUGCGAGGUCGCCGGAUAUCGAGAUUGCGCCGGCAUCUCGGACAGAUGAUCCAGCUGUAAUGGAAGCCAGGGCGCUAUUAGAAGUUACAUCGAAAGAUGCUUUCGGUUCCAUAAACUCGGACGAUGUCCCUGUCCAACCUUUAACGGUUGUCAACGAAUGGAUGUCUAUCUCCGAAGGCGCCACGGACGCUGCGCUUGACAGCAGCUCGUGA